UGGGAGGGAGAAAUUGGCUGACAUGGGGGGUCAGUCUCUUCGCCAGUUUCAGGCUCUGUUCUGGAAGAAUUGGCUCUGUCGUCUGAGGCAACCGGUCCUAUCCCUCUCUGAAUUUCUCUGGCCAUGCACAUUAUUUCUAAUUCUGACUGUGAUCCGCUUCCAGGAACCUCCAAGACACAGAGAUAACUGUUAUUUGCAGCCCCGGAACUUGCCAAGCCAAGGAGUUUAUCCCUUUGUCCAAAGCCUCCUUUGUAAUGCUGGCUCUAGAUGCAAGAACACCAGUUAUGCAGUGCCAAAGGACCCCCAGUUCCGCAUCUCCAGGUCCUCAAAUUCUCAAGACCAUCAAGGCAUGGGGACCAAUUUGGCCUUUCUGGAAGAUAUUCGGAUGCUUGCCCAGGGUAUUUCAGAAACAAUGGAAAAGGCUGUUGCUUUACAAAAAGUUUGGAUGGAAGGUGCCAAGUUGUCAGGUUCUCAGAAUUCUGCUUUCUCAAUGGUGGAUCUCAAUAAAACUGAAACUCUAAUAUCUAAAAUAGAAAAGCUUCAUCAUCAACCCUACUUUUGGAAUUUCCUACGUUCCUUGCCAGGUCUAAGAAUAAGCAAAUUAAAUCCUGAGUAUGGACUCCAGGUUUUGGCACAGUUUCUGCAGACAGUUCUAAGUUCCUUGGCAUCUCUAGAAGAUCUGGAUUGGCUACCAAUAAACCAAACUUUCUCCAAGGCUGCUCAAAUAGGCCUAAAUGUGACCAUUACAAUACUGGAAUUUCUCCAGGAGGAAAAACCUGAAGCUAUUGGACCUGGAUAUAACUUGUCACUAAGAAAUGUGGUAUGGAACCCUCAGAAGCUAAAAUCUGAUUUGACGUCCAAAUACGGCUUUGAUGACCUUCGUGUUGAGAAGAUGCUGAAUUACACUGGCGAGUUAAAUGAGAUUCUCACAGACAGUUCAUUGGAGCAGUUUGUAUGUUCAGCCUUGUCCAACACAUCAGAAGUUGAAGUUGGCAACAACUAUAAUCAUGGAAACUGUAACACCCAAUGGUCAGAAGCCAAAGACUAUCUUGUCCAUUCAGUCAGCUGGCUCCAAAUCUACAAAGAGGUGAUUCAGCAAUGGAUAAAUGGUAGUGUGGUUCAGAAGAUUCUUACUGGAAUGGAAAAAAGUCUAGUGGCUUUUAUAGAUCAAUACCACGAAGACAGCGAGUCACAGAAAGUUGCAUCAGUCCUGCACACCAUGAUUCACCUUCUGGAUGACAGUUUGGGACCAGACUCCCUCCCAACCUACCUACAGUCUCCAAAGAUAUUAGUGCAUCUGGCAAAAUUUCAGACCAUUCUUCAAAGUCUGCCUCAUUGGCCAACUGUGAAGAGAUUGCUUCUGGUAAAUGGAGCUCUCAGGAAUGUGAUCAUCCAGAAUUUACAUUUCAUCCGAGAAGUUCUAAGUAAACUGGAAAGAUUGGCUCCAUUUUCUGAAACGGAUGAUUUGAGCUCAUUACAACUGGAAAUGGACACAAUCUUCAGGGAUUUAAAACAGGAUGGGAUUUUUCAGAAGGUGCUCUUUGGACGAACAAAUCAGACCAUUGCAAUAACUGAAGACUUUCUGGGCUGGCAAGAAAUUGAACAGCAAUUUGCAGAAAGUACAACUUUUUGUUCUUGGUUGUAUCAGUCAUUGAGUACCCAGCUAUCACCUGGGGAGAAUACCUCCUUCAUUUAUUGCCAAGAACAGAUCAUUUCCACACUGGUUUUCCAUACAUUGGAAGAAGUACAAUUUGCUCUGGAACAAAAUAAUUCUUGGAAAAAUUUAACAGAAUUCCUCAGGAAAACAUGUGAAGUUGCUCAUUAUGUGAACAAGCAAGAAAGUUUCCAAAGAAUUGCAUCUGCUACUUCUGAAAACUCUCCUUGUAAGGGAGCAAAAUUGGAUUGGGAAGUCAUCACUGAUACUUACUUUGUGUUUCUGAAAAAUUUGCUAGAGUCUCCAAGGACAUCAGUGUCCAGGAUUUUGAUGUACACCAAGGAUCUUCUGGAGAUGGAAAAGAAGUCACAUACCUAUGAAGAUGAAGUGACAACCUUUUGGAUUUUUUUUGUAGACUUUGUGGAAAAAAUGGUAGUGCCUGGGUCUUUGGCUUCAUCCAAUCAUCCCAUUUUCCAGAACCUUGCAAACCUCACUGAAGUUAUCUGGAAUAAGAUUCUUUGGUGGAAGAAAACUUCCAAAAGUUCAGAGGCUGAACCAUCUUCUCUUAAUACUCAGAAAUUUUCUGAAUUUAGUAAGGAGCUUAUAGAGAAAAUCCAAGUUGUUUCAAACCUCUGGAAAAGGAAUGAAUAUGAAGAAUUUUUGAGAAUCUUGGAAUUAAUACUUUAUGAAAUUAAUCCUAAACUUUUAGAACUAUGGAUGUAUGGCAUCCCCAAAAGAGAAAGGGACAGAUUGGAAACAUUAUCAACUCUUUUAAAUCUGUCUAUUCCAGAAAAUCAGAGAGUCCUUGGAAAAAACUUCAACUUUUCUCUUCAUUUCCAUAGCUUAUCUGAGUCAGGAAAUUUAAACUUGGAUUUUGUACAUUUAAGUGAAAUUAUCAUAAAUAGUCUAUAUGAUCUUGGAUUAGUUAAGCAAGAACAAGUCACUGCAGCCCUGCAUACAGUUUAUGCCCUACAGAACAUAUCUAUCCUUUCCUCAUCAUUUUCUAUUUCUCAAAAACAGUACUUGGAAAACAUUUUGACUCAAAUCUAUCAAAAUGUCUUUCAGGAUAAGGAUUCUGUUGUACUUCUUCAAUUAUAUUCUUCAAUUUACCAAGAUAUUUUUCAAUUCAUCUCCAGUUUUCAGAAUAGAAAGUCUUUGUUAACUUUCUUUAUUCAAAUUUCAAAAAGCAUUUCAGCUAUUAUCAAGGAGUUUAAUUUUCAAGACAUGAGCAAAGCUUUUGAAUUUCUCUCUGAAGUUACAAGCUUUCUUGAUCGAAUCUCUGAAGAAUCACUUUGUGAAAAGCUCUUUUCAGUUUAUAACUAUCUGGCAAUUCAAGUCAAAUCCCUGAUCCCUAAGGAAGACCAAGAAAUAAAAAUGAUACAUGCAACUCUGAUGAGCCUGAAGCAGUUGCUCAUAAUAGAUAAAAAUUUUCGGAUGUCUUUACUUCAUUAUCUGAAUCAACUUUUCAACAACUCACUAGAAGGGCACUUGAAUACCCAAUGCUUCGAUUUGGAUGACAGGCCUCUCCCUUUGAAUUGGUCAAUGGAUGUGAGCAAUUCUCUUAUCCUUCCUUGGAUCCAAAUUCUUUCAAAUCUAACAGAAAAUAUUGUCAUAAAUGGAUCUUUGGCUAUGCAGUGUACCUUUUCAUGGGUCCAAGUGUGGUUUGAUAUCUUCGAUGCCAUGUCUCAAGUAUUAAAAUUUGAUUCCAAGUUUUUUCCUUCUCUCCAGAUUGGCCUUAGGGAACUUUCUUCAGAACUGGGAAAUAGCUUUGAACAUUCUGAAAUAUGCCAGAGAAUGUUUCCUGACCAUGUUCCUAUAAAACUUAUCACAAGUUUAUUAAAACAUAUAGUUCAAGAUGAUGAUGAUGCUAGAAAUUGGAAUGCCCUUACUGGUCUCUCAUCUGUGCUAGACAAUUCAUUAGCCAUCAUGAAAUCACUAAAUACAGAGAAAGUAGAGAAAUCCCUUUUGAAAGUAGAAAACACGGUGCUCAAAUUAAAAGAAUAUCCAUUAAAUAUUAACAUUAGCAGACAAUUUAUUCACUCUCUGUUUGAAGUUUUCAUGGAGCUAAGCAAUACAACAGGAAAUAUAGACAGAGAACUGACAGGUUCUAGAGAAGACUAUGAAACUGCCUUCAUUGUUUUACAAGAGACAAUAAGAUUCCUUAGAAAUGUAUCCUAUGGCCAAGAUUUAUUGUCUUGUGCUGGCGUUUUACAGAAUAUUACCACUUUAGUUAUGGAAGGUGAUUUAACUUCAAAAAAUGCUUCACAAAAAUUACUAAGUAUGCUGGCAAUUUUCAAUUCCAUUUUAACCUCUGAAAAUAUAAUUAAUAGAGUAGAAGAUUGUACUGCGUGGAUAGAUAUAAUCAGAAAUCUAGGUGUCAAAUAUAAUACUAGUUCUUCUCUUGGCCACUCAAAGGACUUUUUAGAGUUGUUUUUAUCUUCAAGAAAUGUCAAUGACACAAAAAUCAAAGUGCGAAAGAUGUUAGAUUUUGUUACCUUCAUAUUAAGUUCAGAAAAACCUCUCUGCUCUUUGAAUAAUUCAGAUAUGCAUUGUCUCGAUGUUUACUUUAGAAAUGUAACUAACUUUGUAAAAGUUGUAAUUACUACAUUGUUUGAAAAAGAAAAGAUGCCAAUGCUUGACUUUAUAUUAAGGAUUUUAAAUAAUUCAGAAGACCAAAUCAGAAUAAUUAUAAAUAAUUUAACAAGAACCUUAGAAUUUUCAUCUGAUGUAAACUGGAAAAAUUUUACUCAAUUAAUUAUAAGAGCCUUAGAAAAGUCAGGUGACUCUCCUAAACAAUUCCAAAUUGUAUGGUGGCAAUCAAUAGCAUUCUUGAGGGAAAUUCAAAAACUUGUGAGAAAUAUUACUGUUAAAAUUUUAGAAGACAAUUCAUCUGAAAUUGGAAAAGUUUUAAAGAUAUUUAUGAAUUUACCAAAGGAAAAAAGUGCAAAUGUGCUAGGUGAUUCAAUUCAAAAUUUAGGAAGUUAUUUUGCAUUUAAUUUGUCUUAUGAUCUGCAAAAUUCACCCACCCAUGCAAUUAUGAAAGCAAUAGGGCUUGACAUUCAACUGGUAAGGGAUGUGAUUAAUUCCUUAUUGCCAUCUAUUCUUCCUAACAUUCCACAAAAUUCAGGAUAUGUGAAAGUUUUGAAGAAGAUCAGCACUCUGCUACGCAACCUCAAGAAUGCAGAUGUAGAACUCUUAGUAGAUCAACUUGAACAAAUUAGUGGGAGCCUCUGGGAUUUUUUAAAGAAUAUCAGUACUGCAGAGGAUGGAAAUUCGGGGAUUGACUUAUUAGUUGGAUUAAUGAAGACUUUCGUACACAGCUCACAUUCUUGGAACAUUAACCACCUGUGGCAACUGUCACGCUUAUUUCCUAAAGAUGAAGUUGAUGCAGUAGUAGAUGCAUAUUAUAUGCUUCCUGAGGCAGUGAAACUUUUACAGAGAAUAGCUCAUAAAAACAUUACAGAGGCCCUAUUGGAGGUCUACAACUUCACAUUGGCUCAUGGUGCUAGCAUUUCUACCAUCACUAAGGAAGAUUUUGCAAGUGCCAUAAAAGACCUUUUGGACAUAACAGAGUUGGUUAUAGAUAAGCCAAAUACUGCUGCAGAAGUUUUAAGUUGCCUUCCUGUAACUUGGUGCUCAAACCAUACAACUGUACAACUUCACAAGGAUAUAGUAAUGGAAAAGUGUAACAUACACAAGUCUGUGCACCCUUUGUUGUACAGCAAGAUGGCUGAUCUCUUUCAUCACCUUCAGAUGAUGCCUUUGGAGGCAGAUUUACAAUGUUCAAAUGAGAGUUUAAGGAUUGAAAUGACUCAUAGGGUAUAUUGCCUUUUUCAUGAAUUAGCAGCAUGGAAUGCCAUUAGUAUAAAGUUUUCUGAGGCCCUUCAUCUAAAUAAUUCACUUCUGAAGGAGCUUCAGGGGUUUUGGUAUGAGGCAUCACCCUACAUCCUAUCUUCUGGAAAAUCAAGCAAUGCUAAUGACUCCAUACAUUGUAUGGUACUCCCAGGGAAAUGGAUUGCUUUGAGAGUCAUAGAAAAGCUAAAAAAAGUGAACUUUACAAAGGUUUUGUCAAUUAAAGAUAUUUUGGAACAGUUGACAGGUCUGAACAAGAUCCAACUCUGGAAUGUGAAGAAAGAAACUUCAGUUCUAAACAAAAUUAUCACAAAUUUGAAAAGGUGGACAAAUCUAGUUGCUGGUAUUGGUGUGGAAAACUUAACUUUCUUUCUACCUCCUUCAUUGCCUUUAUCUUCUAGAGCAAACCAAAUUAGUGACCUCUUAAAAGUAUUACUAGGUUUUGGUAAGACUAGUAACAUUACUGACAAUCUUGAAACCCCAUGGCUUGAGUCAGAGAGAUUUGUGCAAGACCUAAGGAAGAAUUUUAGUAUUAGGCAUAUAUUCUCUUCAGUUAAACAAGGAAUUCAAAUAAUAACAUCACUGACUGAUCAAAACAUAACAUUGCCACUUUCUUAUGUUUUGAAAAAACUUAAUUCCUCAUCUCUACAUGGGGCUAGAUUCGUUGGAGACCUUAUAUUAGUUACUAGAGACUUGCUCCAAGAAUACACAAAUGGAAAUUUCUCUACAAUCAUAGAUAUGUUGAUCUUUGUUUUGACCAAUGAAAGUUCCCCUCAUGCUAGGACAUUGAGAAUUGAUGAAAUGACAGACUUUCUGGAAUACUUCAAGAAUGUUUCUAGAGAAGGAUUCAUUAAUACUACAUUUGUUGCUCAUUUGUUGAACCUAGGACAACAAGCUAAUUUCUCUGUUCUUCAAUUUCUUUUUGAAAGCAGUCUGAUUAGAACAAUCGAUACCUUUGCUCGGAGUUCUCUGGAAGCAGCCCUGCAUUUAAGUGACACUGACCUUCCAAUAAUGGACUUCAUUGAUCUGGUGUUUAACUAUACACAGUUUGAAAAUAAGGGAAAUCUCUCUCUCUACCCAAGCAGCACAAUGAAACUAUUCAAGCAAUUUUUUCACAAAUUCUUCUUUCCACCAAAGGGAAAAUUUGAAAAUAAAACAUUCGCUCUGCUGAAAGACUUGUAUCCAAAUGUAAUGGCUGAGAUGAGUAUUGCUCCAAUGGACAAAAUUUUAGAUCUUCUGAAAUUGGAUCCAUUUACUAGCCUAAGGGAAGAAGACAGAUUGCCCGGCAACUAUUCUAGUUUAAGAAAAAACAUUUCUGAUCUAAUCACAGACUCAUUCAUACUAGAAGAUGGUGAAUUUUAUUUUGAUAUUCAACAGAAACUCAAGUUCAUUAGAGAUUUAUUUCAUGUUAUUUUAAGAGAUAUCCCUACAAGAAAUGACAUUGAAAAUGAUGCUGAGAUGGUUAUGAAUAAGACCCAUUUGGUGUCCAAGAUGAAAAAUUUUGAGGACCUUGUUGAAUUCAAUGAAGACCUUGACUCUGCAAUUCAAAGUGUGAGAAAAAGUUCUGCAAAAAUAGUCAGCAUCAUGGAUAUUAUCUUCAGCUAUAAUAUUAAGGAUCUGCAUGCCUUUUCUUCUACACUCCAAGUUGUUCUUGCUAAUUUAACUGAAUUAGUGACCUUUGUAGAUAAUAUUUUCUCAUCAAAGGAGAGAAAGGUAGUAGAAAUUAUUAAGCAGUUACUAGAUGUAAUUGCCUAUGGAGAAAAGGAUUUUCCAGAAGCUUUCUUGGAAAUGUCACGGGCUUUGAGUACUUUGUUGCAGGAUAUCAAGAAAUUACAAGAUCUUUCACUAUCAGUAGAUGCCAUGGUUAAAUUCCUUAAGCUAUCUAAGAAAGUCUCAGCUCAAGUGGCUGCUAUUUUAGAAACUCACUUCAUUUCCAAGACAAAGGGAAAGUUAAGUUCCCUUGACAUGCUCUAUUCUUUUUUGCAAGAAGCUGUUCACAGUGUGGUAGAUGAUAUAACUUCUAUGAGGAAUAUUGAACUUUUAAGUUACCAGGAAGUAGAGAGCCUGCUGAAGCCAUUGUUGGAUGUCAUCUCUUGGACUAUUGAGAUUAAACCCUUUAUUUCCAAAGGAUCCAAGCCUCUGAAUAAAUCAACCAGUUCCCUUUCAUAUCUAAGUCUGUCUAAAAACAUUUCUGAGAUUGCAGAAGAAAUUGCUGUGUUUAUAAUCAAUUCAAAAAACCAUUCUGGAGAGUUGGAGCAUCUUGUAUUAGCUCUCAAAAAUACAACCCAAACUUUAUCCAUAGAUGUUAAAACUCUAAUGGAAGAAGUUCUUGAUUGUUUGGUGCCAAUAAACAACCUCACUAGCCAGGUGGAAUUUUUAAAUUUUAAUCUGAAUUCCUCCCAUCAUUGGCUUUGGGAUACAAAAUGGGAAAGACUUUACAAAAUGGUACUUUUUUGGAAUGAAAUACUGUCUCAGAACAGCCCAGAAAGUGGGGCUAAGUUGAAAAUGGUGAUUGCUCUAUCCUUAGAAGCUUUGGGGAAUAAUUUACAGGAGGGUGGCUGGGAUAUAUUUAAUCUGCUGCUGACAUUUACACAGCAUCCAAACAACCUUUCUCAAGCCAUAGAAAGCACUGGGAAGAUGCUGAGUGUUUCUGGAGGAGAAUUCAGUAAGGCUCUAUUUUUUAACAGCUCUACCAUUCACAACAUGACCCACCAGCAACUAGAAAAAGCAAUUCAGGUUGCAUUAAAUAAAAUAGCUCUCUGGAUGGAAUGGCUACUUUUACACCACUCACAGUGGAGACAUUCUACCAAAGCUUUAUUCCCACUCACUUGGGAGACUUCUGUUAAUGUAACUACUGGAAAAGGUGUGAUGUCAAAACCACCAAACAACAUUAAGAGAGAAAAGAAUAAUUUUUCACUUACCUUCAAAACUUCAUCAUGUUUUGAAAAGUACAUUAAAGGAAUAGUUUCCCUGGCAAAAUACUGGCAAAAAGGACCACUGCAAAAUCAAAGUGUCUUAGAAAUAUGUCAGUUUUUCCAGAAGCACUUAAAGCCCUCUACUGCCUUAACUCUGCAGAAGGUGAAGAUGACAGUUUUGAAUGUGUUAAGCAUCCUAGCAGAAAAGCCUUCUUUUACUAAGGACCUUUUGUGUACUUUUCUGAGCUGCAAAGAUGGAUUGAUAAAACAUCUGCUCUCAUCCAUUCUACAAGGAGUUACAUUGGUUCAUGGCCACUACCAGGAUUUUGAAAAUAUUUGGUCCUCAUCCAAUCAUGGACAUUGUGAAAACCUUUUGCAUACCAGCAACAAGCUUUUUAGUACCUUGGAAAGUUUUAAAAGAAGCCUGAGAAAUGCUACAGUCAGAGAUUGUGAAUGCCAUCCGAUGUUAGAAACUGUUCAGCAACACGUGCAAAUGUUGGCCAGAAGCCUUGAGAAGCCUUUAUCAGGAGACCCCAUUAUGGUUUUUCUUAGCAACCUCAGCGUAAAUGGGGAUGUGAAGCUAAAGGAUUGUGUGCAGAAUGUUACCAAGUUAAGAAAGGAGCUACGUUCUUUGACCAUUAUCUCAGAAGAAACCAUCAACAAUAUUCUAGAAGCAAAUAUCUCACAUUCAAAGUUUCUUUCCAGUGCCCUUACAGUAGCUUUGGCUGGAAAAUGUGAUGAAGAAGUUAUCAGCCUCUUGCUGACAUUUCCUGCAGAUGGAAAAGCUCUUGCAGCUAGAGAAUUGUGUGCUCUGCCUGCAUCGGAUAUGUACACUUUGAUUGUACUCAUUAGUCAGAACCUGGAUUUGCGGAUUAUCACUUACAAAAUGUUGAUACCACCAGAGGCAAAUUCCGUACUGAACUCCUUGUUGGAUGUGGUUUCGAGCAUCAACUCCCUACUUAUUAAGGCUCAGCACAUUCUCAAAUAUCUUCCUGAAUUUCUUCAAUCGUUUAAAAAUAUUCCUUUGCUUGACAUUUCUGCAUUUCCACAGUUUCCACAAGAUGUCCGCUCUCAAAGUUCAACCUUUGGCUCUCUCCAGUCUGUGAUGAAGAUGGUCUGCAAAGAAGAAGCAUCUUUCCUUAGCAACUCUAACAUGUACAUUAACUUGCCCAGAGUGAAUGAUCUCUUGGAGGAUGACAAAACAAAAUUCAACAUUCCCAAAGAUUCAACACCAUUUUGCCUGAAGCUAUAUAAGGAGAUUUUACAGUCUCCAAAUGGAGCCUUGGUGUGGGCUUUCCUAAAGCCUUUAUUGCAUGGGAAGAUACUGUACACACCCAACACUCCGGUGAUUAAUAAGGUUAUUGAAAAGGCGAAUUACACCUUUGUCUUUGUGGACAAGCUGAAGAUUGCUUUUGAAGCAAUGUUGAAAAUGUCCAGUAUCUUUCAGAAAGGUGGAAAUGCACAAAUGAUUAAACAUCUCCAGGAAGUCCUGAGAAAUACAUUUAUCAAAACCUUUAUAGAAAGCCAAUUGCAGAUUGAUGUGGAAAAAUUCGCUGAAAAGCUACAGAACUAUGCUGGGAUGUUGGGCAAGAUGUUUAAUCACUCAAAGGCUGAACAGUUUCAUUCUUUGGCCCAAAUCAUGGUAAACAUCUCAUCCUGUGUACUCCUAAAUCGCUUCAAGCCCCUGGAGUCUGUGGAAAUACUGGAGAGAGAAGCUCAUGGGCUCAUGCAACAAAACAAUUUAUUGGCUAGCAUUAUAUUCAACAGUUCCUCAAGAAGCAAGAGACAUGGAUCAGAUGUUGUUGAUCUCCCACACCAUUUUAUCUACACAAUCAGAACCAGUGUUUUGUACAGUAUGAGAACAGAUUUGGUCAAAAACCCUUUGUGGAAAUUCCAUCCCCAAAGUCUUCCAUCUGAUGGGUUCAAAUACAAUUACAUUUUUGUUCCCUUGCAAGACAUGAUUGAAAGAGCCAUCAUUUUGGUGCAAACUGGACUAGACACAUUGACACCAUCAAUACAAGCCCAAGCCAUGCCAUAUCCUUGCCAUACCAGUGACUUAUUCUUGAACAAUGUUGGCUUCUUCUUUCCAUUGAUAAUGAUGCUGACAUGGAUGGUAUCUGUAGCCAGUAUGGUCCGAAAGCUGGUUUAUGAAAGAGAAAUUCGUCUUGAAGAGUAUAUGAGGAUGAUGGGUGUCCACCCCACUGUUUAUUUCCUCGCCUGGUUUCUGGAGAACAUCAUCAUGCUUAUUAUAAGCAGCUGUGCUCUGGCCAUCAUCCUGAAAACAAGUGGCAUCUUUGCACAUAGCAAUGCUAUCAUCAUUUUCCUUUUCCUCCUGGAUUUCGGAGUUUCAGUCGUCAUGCUUAGCUUCUUACUCAGUGCGUUUUUCAGCAAUGCCAAUACCGCAGCCCUGUGUACUAGUUUGGUGUAUAUGAUCAGCUUUUUGCCGUACAUAAUUCUCUUGGUCCUACACAACCACUUAAGUUUUGCUAUUCAGACAGUUCUGUGUUUUCUAUCUACAACUGCCUUUGGGCAAGGUGUAUUUUUCAUUACAUUCUUAGAAGGACAAGAGGCAGGGAUUCAGUGGAAUAAUAUGUACCAAUCUCUGGAACAAGGAGACAUGACAUUUGGCUGGGUGUGCUGGAUGAUUCUCUUUGAUUCAAUGGCUUAUUUUAUAUGUGGAUGGUACUUCAGUAAUUUGAUUCCUGGCAAUUUUGGUUUAAGGAAACCAUGGAAUUUCCCCUUUACUAUGUCCUACUGGCAGAACUUGUGUGGCUUCAAGAUGAGGAAGCAACAACAUACCAGUUACAAUCUGUUCUUCAAUGAGAAUUUCAUGAAUAAAGGAUCUCUGCCACCAAAUGGGCAGAAAACACUUGAGGACAGAGUCUACACAGGAGUGACACUGGUAUCAGUUACCAAGGAGUAUGAAGGUGACAAAAAGGCUGCAGUUAAAGAGCUUACGCUCACAUUUUAUAAAGGUCAAAUCACUGCUCUGCUGGGACCCAAUGGUGCUGGAAAGACCACAAUUAUAUCUCUUUUGACAGGACUGUACCCUCCUAGUUCUGGUACCAUCAUCAUUAAUGGCAAGGACAUGCAGACUCAGCUUGCUGCCAUCAGGAUGGAGAUGGGUGUAUGUCCCCAGUAUGAUGUCCUAUUUGACAACUUAUCUGUACGGGAACAUUUAUUGCUAUUUGCUUCAAUAAAGGCACCACUGUGGACAAAAAAGCAGUUAUAUCAACAAGUCAAUAAAACCCUACAGGAUGUGGAGUUAACUCACCACCAAAACAAGCACGUCAGAGCUCUUUCUGGGGGAAUGAAAAGAAAACUCUCAAUUGCCAUUGCUUUUAUUGGAAACUCAAAUGUCGUUGUUCUGGAUGAGCCUACCAGUGGUGUGGAUCCUUGUGCCCGCCGGGGUAUAUGGGAUAUUCUACUGAAGUAUCGAGCAGGUCGCACCUUAAUCUUCACUACACAUCAUCUUGAUGAGGCAGAAGUGCUUAGUGACCGCAUUGCCAUACUUCAGCAUGGGCAACUUAGGUGUUCUGGGUCUCCCUCCAGCCUGAAGGAAGCCUAUGGCCAUGGGCUCACUCUGACGCUGACAAAACAACCUUUCAUUCUGCAGGUCCAAGAUGCCAAAGACAUAGAUCAAGUUACAUCUCUGAUACAGAUCUAUAUUCCACAAGCAUUUCUUAAAGAAAAUGGUGGGAAUGAGCUGACUUAUGCAAUUCCAAAGGAUACAGAUAAAGCAUGUUUUAAAGGGCUCUUUCAGGCUCUGGAUCAAAAUCUACAUCAUCUGCAUCUAACUGGCUAUGGAAUUUCAGAUACCACCUUAGAAGAGGUAUUUUUGAAGCUUUUGCAAGACUCCAAAAACAAACAACAUGUUCCUGGUACAAGAAACUUAGAGUCUAUUGAGAGAAGCACAGAACAACAGAAUGACAAUAACAACUCUCAUAGGAAGAUAAGGCUCAGCCAAGGAGCCAAGCUGCUUCUCACACAGAUGGCUGCUCUACUCGUGAAGAGGUUUCACCAUACCAGGAGAGGCUGGAAAGGCACAUUGUCAGAUCUGGUGCUGCCUGUUCUCUUUGUGGCUUUAGCAAUGGGAUUGUUCAUGGUGAAGCCCUUGGUUACUGAUUACCCUUCCCUCAAAUUGACACCAGGGCAUUAUGACAAUGAAGAAGCAUAUUUUUUUAGCAGUGAAAGUGGGGAUACAGGUCUUUCUAGUGUCCUUCUGAGAAGCUUCAGCGUCCAAGACCCAUUGUGUGAAAAUUUUAGGCCUGAUCUCAAAAAGGUUUCAUGUUGGCAAAGUGACCCCUUUCCACCCAGAGCAUUCCAGGACUCAUGUGGCUGCUUGAAGUGUCCAAAAGAGAACACCAGCGUUCCCUACCUGAAGAAUAGUGCAGGACAUACUCUGUUUAAUCUUUCAGCACUUGACAUAGAAGAACACUUAUUGUUGCCUUCAAAAAAACCAAGGCUUGGAGGUUGGUCUUUUGGAGUGAAGGUCCCUAAUCAAGGACAAGACACAAAUAUAAAUAUGUCAGAAUCUCCAACUCUAGCAAAGGUUUGGUAUAACCAGAAGGGGUUUCAUGCCUUACCAUCUUAUCUGAAUCAUCUAAACAACUUAAUUCUGUGGCAGCAUUUACCAGCUUCUGUGAACUGGAGACAGUACGGAAUAACAUUGUACAGCCACCCCUAUGGAGGGACCUUACUAAAUGAAGAUAAAAUAAUGGAGAGUGUCCGCCAGUGUGGAGUCGCACUCUGCAUCAUGCUGGGUUUCUCAAUCCUCACCGCAUCGAUCGGCAGUUCCGUAGUCAAAGACCGAGUGUGUGGAGCAAAGAGGUUGCAGCACAUCAGUGGACUUGGCUAUGGGACCUAUUGGCUUACUAAUUUCAUUUAUGAUAUGCUAUUUUACCUGGUUUCAGUCAGCCUGAGUAUUGGAGUUAUUGUUGCUUUUCAGCUAACAGCCUUCACUUUCCGAGAGAACUUGGCAGCCACUGCCCUCCUGCUGGCCCUUUUCGGCUAUGCAACUCUACCAUGGAUGUAUCUUCUAUCCCGAAUCUUUUCCAGUUCUGAUGUGGCUUUCAUCUCCUACAUCUCUUUAAACUUUAUCUUUGGCCUUUGCACCAUGUUAAUGACAAUAAUGCCAAGAUUACUUGCUGUCAUCUCCAAAGCACAGAAUUUGCAGAAUAUCUAUAAUGUCCUCAAAUGGGUUUUUACUAUUUUCCCUCAAUUUUGCUUGGGCCAAGGUUUAAUAGAACUCUGCUACAAUCAGAUUAAGUUUGACCUAACCCACAACUUUGGCAUUGAUUCAUAUGUGAGUCCUUUUGAAAUGAAUUUCUUGGGUUGGAUCUUCUUGGCAAUGGCCCUGCAGGGUACAACUCUUCUUCUUUUGAGAAUCCUGCUGCAUUGGGACUUGAUUCAGAAACCAAGGAAUCAACCCAUCAUUCUUGGUCCAGUCAAUCCUUCUGAAGAUAUGGAUGUUAAAGAGGAAAAAAUGCGAAUUUGGACUGGAAGAACAAACAGUGACAUUCUUGUUCUCCGAAACCUCCGGAAAAGUUACCAAGGUUUUGGCAAGAGGAGUACUGCCGUGAAUGAUAUUAGCUUGGGAAUACCAAGAGGCGAGUGUUUUGGCCUACUGGGAGUGAAUGGAGCUGGGAAAAGCACAACAUUCAAAAUGCUGACGGGUGAUAUCAUUCCAUCUUCGGGAUAUGCUGCCAUCAGGAAUCCAGAAGGAGGUGAAAUGGUUCUAUCUUCUUCUGGUGCUACAGGCGUUCUCAUUGGCUAUUGUCCCCAGAAAGAUGCCUUGGAUGAAUUUCUUACUGGCUGGGAACAUCUUUAUUAUUACUGCAGCCUGCGUGGAAUUCCCAAACAGGAAAUCCAUAGGGUUGCUGGAGAACUUGUUAAUAAACUACACCUUGAGGCUCAUAUUGAGAAACCAGUGAAUACCUAUAGUGGAGGAACUAAGAGAAAACUAUCUACUGCUCUGGCUUUAGUCGGAAAACCUGAAAUUCUCUUACUGGAUGAACCCAGCUCUGGAAUGGACCCUGGCUCUAAGCGGUACCUCUGGAAAACUAUAAUGAAGGAGGUUCAGGAAGGAUGUGCUGCAAUUCUUACCUCACACAGCAUGGAGGAGUGUGAAGCCCUUUGCACUCGUCUGGCAAUCAUGGUCGAUGGCAGUUUCAAGUGUCUCGGCUCUCCUCAGCAUAUUAAAAACAGGUUUGGAGCUGGGUAUACUGUCAAAGUUUGGCUAAGCCAGGAAACAAGUCAACAUAAUUCCAUCUCUGACUGUCUCAAACUUCAUUUCCCAGGAAUCCAAUUUAAGGGACAACAUCUUAAUUUAUUGGAGUACCAUGUGCCACAGAGAUGGGGCUGCUUGGCAGACUUGUUCAAAGUUCUAGAGAACAAUAAGACUUUGCUGAACAUCAAACACUACUCUAUUAAUCAAACCACUUUAGAACAGGUCUUUAUUAGCUUUGCUACCCAGCAGCAGCAAACUCCAUACCCUACCUUUGAAUCUUCUACCAACUAUAUUCAUCCUUAUCCUGUGUCAAUCUAGCUUCCAAGAAAUACUUCCACCAAAGAUGUUCUAAGCAGUUGAAAACAACUCUCCUCAUGGGAGAGGGUUCAUGGUUCAGCACCCAAAAGAAACAGCCAAACUCCUCUCUUUACUUUGUAUAUGAUAAUAGUAUGUCUGAGAGGCUAAGUGACUUAGACAAAGCCACACAGAUAAUUCACAAACAAGACAAGAACAAAGGUCUAUUGAUUCCUUAUCCUUUUCUAUUUCCUUUGGAUACAUUAGCAUACUUUGUUUUUAUUUACCAACUCAAAUGAGAUCACUUUCGAGUCAUGAGUUCAUUGAGCUAUAAUACUGUGACAAGGAAAAUGUCUUUCUGUUGCACAAAUGAUGCUCUCUAUAUACAUUAAAACACUUAUUUAACCCUGCAGCUAUAUUAAAUAAAUUAAACAAGGUCCCAUAAAUUAUACAUGACAGAAUACUCCCUCAGGUCUUCAGGUUUUAAUAUUUCUUUUUGGGAAGUGGGAAGAAAUUUAAUAAUGAUAAAUUGUGCUUUCCUUGACUCUGGCCUUAAUUUCUUUUGUUUCUAAGAAAAAUGGAAUUGGAUCCCCUGUAAUGGAAUACAGGUAAAAAGCUGCAAGGAUAUGCCAUUGACCAAUAACAUUUUAGCUAAAUGCAAUCUCUGAUAACUUCAUAAAAUGAAGUCUUUUAAAAUGCCAUCAUUUUAAGAAGGAAUCUACUCUAUAUUGAAAUAAAAUAGUCAUUUAAAAAUCUAUUUUUCUAAAAAAAACAAUAAUAGCUAGCAUUUAUAUAAUGUGUUAACAUUUUCAAGGCGUUUGACAUCUUUUAUGUCAUUUGGCUUUCCCUUGUCAAGAAGUGAUCAGAAUUUCUCAGGGCAGAAAUUGCUCAACUUAUUUUUGUUACUAUCAUCUGGAAACUCAAUGGAGGGUGGCUAAUUUAAUUUUUAUUUGAUUUUUUGUGCAAAUGGAGUCAUUGAAUAAUGUUUUGUGUUAAUUUAGAAGAAAAGUUUUCUUUUUGGUAACAUAUUUUCUUUUCUAUAAUAGGAUGUAAUUAAAAUCUAUCCAGAUCCCACUACUUUUAAUUGUACCAUUUUACAAGGGUUAUGCUAAAACCUUAAAUCUUCUUAGCCAAUCAAGGAUUAUUUUGCCAGGGGUAGCUUUGAGCCAUAUCCAUGUAAUUCUUUCUUAAAGAUAUCAUUGUUUCUCACAUUUUAACCUCUUUUCAUUGUCCAAAGUAGAAAAAAUAAUUAUUUUGUAUCUAAUCUUUAAAAGUAUUAUGAAAUAUGACCAGUCUAAUGGCA